ACGCCGAGCGCUGAUUGGUCCAUCGAGGAGCUAGCAGGCUUCCAUUGCGGACGUUUCCGUUCAGCAAGCGGUCAGACCUGGCUUUGUGAGUGACAGUAUGGAAAAGACGGAGCAGAUAGAAGGUAAACUUUGCGUCUGAUUUUCCAAGGUAUGGUUUGAAACGUACAGACAAACGCAGAGAGACAGAGGGAAUUUACCUACGAUGGAGGGCACAGUUCGGAAAAGAGGGAAGAGCCGGCGAGAGGAUGGCAUCACAACGGCUGUUGACUUCCUGCUGGCUAACGCCAGGCUGGUGCUUGGGGUCGGGGGGGCCGCUGUGCUGGGCAUCGCUACGCUGGCAGUGAAACGGCUGAUUGAAAGAGCUGCCCGCCCCCCGGGUGAAGAUGAGAAACCAGAUCAGAAGAGCAUUAGCGAGACCUGGGAGGAGCUGAGCUUGGCUGGUACUUCCCCUAAACUGCUGAAGAGGGGGCUGGAAAACUCUGUGAAGAAAAGUUUACCAGCUGUAAUCAAAAUAGAAAAAGAGGCCUGCAGCGGUUCCAGUGCGGCUGAGGCUCCGAAGCUGGAGAUCCGCCGGGUUCCGCUGUGCGUCACUCUUCAGGAGAAGCUCCUGCACUAUUACCAGAGUCACGUGACGCUCUCCGAGUCGGACGUGGGCCAGGCCAAGCAGAAAGCCCUGGACAUUUGCAUGGAGAUCCAAGCUUUCCUCCGCAGCAAGCAGCCUGAGAUGCCGCUGGGGGAGAUGUCUCUGGGCGGCUCGCUUUUCGACAACCUUCAGGUUGUCUCCGCUGAUCACACUUGUCUCCUGGUGCCUUUGCUGAUCGAAGAAAAGUUCUGGUACUUUGUUCCAGGGGAGGAGACCAUCCUCAACACCCCGCAGUUUUGGAUGGUCAGACGGACAAACCUGGAGUACUUUGGCCGGGGGAGCAGCUACUGGGAUAAAUUCAUUGUGGGAGGCUAUCUGUCUUCCAACGCGGUCAAUGAGUCUUUGCACAAACUGGUGAUGGGGUCCAUGAAUUGGCCAGCCCUAGGCAGCAUGUUGGACUGCACCAUCAGGCAAGUGAUGGGGUCCCAAGAACUGAAGCUAGAAAUCCAACAGGAACAAAGCCAGCUUUUCAUUGAUAUCUUGCCAAUAAUAAGGUUCAGGGAGACGGUGCUGACGUCUCAGCCAGAGAGCAAAGGAAACUUUGAGAACCUGUGGUGCCGGAGUUUUUACACGGAUCAAACCACCAAGCUGAGGGACCUGGACGCGUCUGAUUCCGGUCUCCGGCUAUGUUGCCUGAAAAUCCUCAAAGCAGUCUGCAAAGACCAGCCAUCCCUGAGAAGAGUGACCGGCGGGCAUCUGGUCAACGUCAUCCUGCACCUCAGCGACACUGAGUCGGACUGGAGUGAAGCAGCCCUGGCUGACCGGUUCCUGCAAGUUAUCACAGAGGCGACUGGCUACCUGGAGCAGGGGUUCCUGCCCAGCUACUUCAACAGGGCCGUGAACCUGCUGUCUGAACUGUCUGCAGAAGAGAUUGAUGAGAUCGGGUAUACUUUCUAUUGCGCGUUGUCUAACCCUGAUAUGCUGCUUCAAAGAUGAGUAUAAAGUGAUGAUUCAAAAGCACCUAUGGACACAUGCCGAGAGCCCUAUUGAUUUAAUUCUACAUAGCCGUUCUGGCAUUGGCACUUUAGUUGCUGUGUAAACUCCUUUUUGAAUACAAUGUGUUAUUUUUGUUCAUUUCUUUUUGGCGAGACAGUUAUUUAGACAGUUGGACGGUGUGUAUGUGAUGUGUGUGACCCUUUUCUAAUGAACGUGGCGAGCUGCUUUUUAUAAAUCAAAACUAACAAGUUAAUUCAAUGCUUUCUGAAGUGAACUCUUCUGAUGCUCUAGCAUCCAUCAACACAUUUUAAAUGCUUGAAUUAAUUUACAAAGACACAUCUGAAAAGGGUCUAAUUUGUAUUGACUGUCCUAUAUUAUAAUUUUACUUCAUGGACCUGUGCCUUUGUUGGUUACAGGUCAGUGGAUAAACAAGCGCAGGGUACCGUAGAUUUACUGUUAAAUUGAACAUAAAGAGAAAAUCAUUUCCAUAAUGCUUUUUCCCUUCUUUAUAGUUACACUUGGUUCGUCGGUUCAUGAGAAAGUCUCCAGGCUGGAAUCUGCUUGGCUGGCUAUAGUUUUGUAGAAUGGGCAGAAUAAUUUGUUGUAUGAGAAGUAGGGAUUGUUUAGUAUUAUAAAAUAUAUUGAAGGUGUAUUUUUGUCUUCGAAUUUAAAUAUUAACACAUACAAAAUAUUUCAUACUAUAAUAUAUUUGAACGCACUCUGCUGUUCUCUGCCACGUAAUUUGAUUUAUUUUUGUUAAUCUUUCACCACUUAGUGCACUUGUCUUUUCUAUGCAGCUGGUCAUUUGACACACUGUCCUCAAAACUGUAAUUGCUCUUGAAUUCUGUGUGUCACUGCUGGACUGGUUAACAAUAUGAGCUUGUUCUUGUUGGAGCAGAGUUUAAUAGUUUUAAAAUUAUAUAUUCAAUAAAGCUUUACUUUGAUUAAAA